AUGAACACGAGGAAACGCUACGGGUCUAAGAACACAGAUCAGGGAGUCUACCUGGGUCUCUCAAAGACACAGGUGCUGCCCCCUGCAGCGGCUGGCAGCGGCCUCAGCGGCAGCAUCCCCACCACCACCUCCUCCCUUUCGCCGGGCCCCCCUCCUGACACCAUGUCCUGUCGAGACCGAACUCAGGAGUUCCUGUCCGCCUGCAAGUCCCUGCAGAGCCGCCAGAAUGGACUCCAGACAAACCGGACAACGGCUCUCAGUGCUGUCCGGCAGCGCAGUGAGUUCACCCUUAUGGCCAAGCGCAUCGGGAAGGACCUGAGCAACACUUUUGCCAAGCUGGAGAAGCUGACCAUCUUGGCCAAGAGGAAGUCCCUGUUUGAUGACAAGGCUGUGGAGAUUGAGGAGCUGACUUACAUCAUCAAACAGGACAUCAACAGUCUCAACAAGCAGAUCGCCCAGCUGCAGGACUUUGUCCGGGCCAAGGGGAGCCAGAGCGGGCGGCACCUGCAGACCCACUCCAACACCAUCGUGGUGUCCCUGCAGUCCAAGCUGGCCUCCAUGUCCAACGACUUCAAGUCUGUUCUGGAAGUGAGGACGGAGAACCUGAAGCAGCAGAGGAGCCGCCGGGAGCAGUUUUCCCGUCCGUCUGUGGCAGCUCUGCCCCUUGCCCCCAACCACCUGGGGGGUGGGGCUGUGGUGUUGGGAGCCGAGCCGAGGGCCGCAGGGGACGUGGCCAUUGACAUGAUGGACUCCCGGACCAGCCAGCAGCUGCAGCUCAUUGAUGAGCGGGAUUCCUACAUCCAGAGCAGGGCGGACACCAUGCAGAACAUUGAGUCCACCAUUGUGGAGCUGGGCUCCAUCUUCCAGCAACUGGCACACAUGGUCAAGGAACAGGAAGAGACCAUCCAGCGGAUUGACGAGAACGUGCUGGGGGCACAGCUGGACGUGGAGGCCGCGCACUCGGAGAUCCUCAAGUACUUCCAGUCCGUCACCUCCAACCGCUGGCUCAUGGUCAAGAUCUUCCUCAUCCUCAUCGUUUUCUUCAUCAUCUUCGUGGUCUUCCUGGCCUGAGGCUUCCUGGUGUGGAGGCCCCCGGGUGGAAAUCAUUCCUUCAGGGGCUCCUGCAGCCCCGCCUGUCUGGGGCAGUGGGGGAAGGGCAGGAGGCCAUCCCUGUUUCCUGGGACUGAAGGAAACGGUCCCUGCCCUGUGACCCCGGGCCCACCUCUGCCCUUCCUUUCUUCCACCCAAACUCACCAGUUUGGACUGCCGUGAAAGGGCGAAAGGGGAGGGGGCCCCGGGCCCCAGCGGGGAGUUUCUCUGUGCCCGCCCUGGCGCCUGGCAGAGGCUCUAUUGCUGAUGUGCACAAGGGGAGAGGAGAAGGGAAGGCGGGCGUCCCUGCGGCUUCUCCCCUCCUUCCCCAAGUCUUCACUGUGUCGGACAGAGCCCCAGCACCCCGGCGGGCGGCUCCCAAGGACUGCGUCAGUUUGCCAAAGGCACUGUCAUCCCCAUUUUGCCGGAAUUACAGCAGACGGUCAGCCCUGUCGGCCUUGUCCUCAUUUCAGGGAGGGCGCGUGUCGCGGGGUUGGCCGGGGCUCCCCCGGGCUCCCCCUGGGCUAGUGAGCGGCCGGGGCUGGCCUAGCUGAGGCUGCUGGUCCCAUCCUAGCAGCAGCCAGGGAAGUUAGUCUGAGACCCCGAGCCUCUUCUCCAGAGGGAGGAAAAGGAGGGAGAGGGAGAAUCUGAGCCAACGAUGUUCUCAGUGAACUUGGGAGGGGUUGUCUCAGCCCCUUUGCCCACUGGCUAUGCUCCUCCUUGAGCUUUUGGGGGGGGGGGGGCUAAGGCCAAGGGGCUCAUGAUCCUCCCCUGCUGGGAUCCCGCUGUCUUCAGUGGCCCAUCUUCCUGCAGGCAAUCCCAGGGCUCUCUGCCCUUGGAUCAGACCAGGAAUGCAGCAGCCGCCCCCUCUCCUCAGCAGACCUCCUCCCAAGGCUUUCCCUUGCCUUCUCCCCACGGCCUGCCUAUGGCCAGCAAGCCCCAUGGUUAUCCAGCUGGUGUCCCAGAGCCGUAGGCGUCCUUGUGAAGGCCCCCAUUUCUCAGAUCCCUCCCAUGUCCCAGGCACACGGGCACCCCAGGGAGGCAGCUUGUGCUCUUGGGGACCUGGCACUCUGCUGCCCAGAUCCUGGGGUCCAGUCCCCAAGGAAGAAUUUGUUAAGGCUUCUGGUUCUAUGUAAAGGAUGAGAUUUCUGGGGAAGCAUAUGGGGAAUGCUCCCUGCCCGGACGGGCUUGGGAGACCCUUGAGACUAUCAUCAACGAGAGCCCCCAGAGGCCAGUGGCUUCCUGUCCUCUCCGAGGCUUCGGACCUCAACAAGACAGAACCAGUUCUGGGGGAACUCGGAGAGCUGGGAUGUGGUGGGGGGAGGAUGAGGCAUCAUGGGAGGAGCACUGGGCCUGGCAAGAGGCAAGGAGACCUGCAUUUGAGUCCUGGCUUGCUCCUGAUGUGCCCUCAACCAAAUCAAUAAAAAUAGACGUUUCUCCAGUG